UGGCGACAUGGAAGAAGUCACCACUGGUCACCUGGAGAAGCGUGAACUCCUGCAGCUGCGUAACGAGAUGGCAUCAUACUUUGCCAGGCCACCUGCUGUGCAGAAGGAUGGGAAACUGGCCUUACCCUCGUUGCCCUCACCCAUCGACCGUGAGAGGGCGUGUCAGGGCUGCCCUCACCUGCUGGUAUGCACUGCCCUCAACACAGCUCCUCCCUCACCACCUCAUGCCAUGGCUUCCCUCGUGCCCGCUACCCUCGCACAUCUACAACCUAAUGCACUGGAGUUCUUCCGGCACUGGUGUCUGCUGCUGCACGUGGAGUCCACGCAGAGCAAGCGAGCUCUCACACGCAGCCUCUGGUGCCAGGAUCCCAUCAAGCGUGAAAAUGCAGGGGGUGCAGUGGCGUUCCUAAAGCUGAAGUGCAGCGUUGAGCAAGGAAUAUCUCAGUGGCUACACAGCUUCUCAAGAGCUUGUCCCAGUGAACUGCCAUCUCACUGCUCUGUACCGGAGACCAUUCCUCCUGGGACAUUUCAGGAGGGAGACCUGGUUGUAGUGUCCAGCAAGAAAUGCAUUGCUAUCGCUCAAGGAGUUAUUCAUUCCUGUGACUCUACCGUCGUCUCCGUAAUGCUAGACAGGUGA